UUUGAGGAACAAAAAAUCCUUUUCUAUGGCACUGCUGUGAAAACUUUUUUGUAAAGGUGGACAGUCCACUGCAAUUCCUCUGAUUUACCUUAUAUAUUAUUUCCCGUUUUAGAACCAUCCAGGUGUAAUGAGGGUGAGAGGGAAAUUAACUGUGUUCUGAUGACUCCGAUGCUGGCAGCAGUUAAAAGACGUUCUCUAACUGCAAGGGGGCACAUAGUGGGAACCCGGCUGUUUGAAUUUAUGACCAGCUGACCUUUAGUGUUGGACGUCCACCACCAGGAGGCCUGUGAAGUCUGAAAUCAGAGAGGAGAGGAGGAAAAGAGAGUCCGAAGAGAGGAUGCUGCAGGAGACCAGCAUUAGAGCAAGUCCAACCUGAUCGCUCCAUCCCCUCCCUCCCUCCCCAGCCAAGUCCUCCACAAUCCCAGGAUGCUCUGCCCCUGCCGAGGGAAGCUGAAGUUGCUGGUGGUGUCUCUGAGUUUCGUCAUCCUGUUCACCUGGCUUUACCUGCUCGUGGGGAACUCAGAAAACGGGCGUUCCCUGCUCCUCUCCGCAUGCUUGCUGGAAUCCACAGAAGCACGGCUGCUGGAACGGGACGUCCUGGCAUCGCGGGUUCGAGAGGUGGAGGAAGAGAACCGGCAGAUCCGCCUCCAGCUGAGCCAAUCGCAGGGCCUGGCUGCCCAGCCUGCCGAGGGUAACUAUGGCAACCAGCAGUGGGUGGCAUCGGCAGACACUGGUCCAGAAGACGUGGAGAACACAGCCGAGGAACGGGCCAAUCACAGCGAGUGUUCUCGCUCGCCCACUGCCGAGAAGUGUGAGUUGAUUCACGUGGCAUGUGUGUGUGCGGGUCACAACGCCAGUCGGGACGUGGUCACUCUGGUCAAAUCCAUCCUGUUCCACAGGAGAAACCCACUUCACUUUCAUUUCAUCACAGAUACAGUGGCCAAUCAGAUCCUCAGCACUCUGUUCCAGUCAUGGAUGGUACCGUCUGUGCAAGUCAGCUUCUAUGACGCUGAUGAACUCAAAUCGGAGGUGUCUUGGAUACCAAACAAACACUAUUCAGGAAUUUAUGGCCUGAUGAAGCUCACUCUCACCAAAGCUCUGCCGACUAACCUUUCAAAGGUCAUCGUCCUCGAUACAGACAUCACCUUUGCCACGGACAUCGCCGAGCUGUGGGCCAUCUUCCGGAAGUUCACAGAGAAACAGGUGAUUGGUCUGGUGGAGAAUCAGAGCGAUUGGUACCUCGGUAAUCUGUGGAAAAAUCACAAACCCUGGCCGGCCCUCGGACGAGGCUUUAACACAGGUGUGAUUUUGCUCUACCUUGAGAGACUGCGGCGCAUCAGCUGGGAACAGAUGUGGAGACUGACGGCCGAGAGAGAGCUGAUGAGCAUGCUUUCAACAUCCCUGGCAGACCAGGACAUAUUCAAUGCAUUCAUAAAACAGAACCCAGUUCUGGUGCAUCAGCUACCGUGCUUCUGGAACGUACAGUUAUCGGAUCACACACGCUCUGAACAGUGCUACACCGAGGUGUCAGAUCUAAAGGUCAUUCACUGGAACUCUCCUAAAAAACUGAGGGUAAAAAACAAGCACGUGGAGUUUUUCCGUAAUCUUUACUUGACGUUCCUGGAGUACGACGGGAAUCUUCUGCGACGGGAACUCUUCGGCUGUCCCAAUCAGGCCAGCUCUGAGAGCACAGUGCUCCAGCAAGCACUAGAGGAGUUAGAUGAGGACGACCAGUGCUAUGAUUUCCGGAGGGAGCGAAUCAUGGUGCACAGGGUGCAUCUGUACUUCCUGCAGUAUGACUACACACCUACAGAUGACGGCACGGACAUCACGCUAGUCGCACAGCUCUCCAUGGACAGACUGCAGAUGCUGGAGGCCAUCUGUAAACACUGGGAGGGCCCCAUUAGUUUGGCCCUGUACAUGUCUGAUGCCGAGGCCCAGCAGUUCCUACGUUACGCUCAGGCAUCUGAAGUCCUCAAGAACCGCAAGAAUGUAGGCUAUCAUAUCGUUUAUAAGGAGGGCCAGUUCUAUCCUGUCAAUCUGGUACGCAAUGUGGCGCUCCGCAACGUCAACACACCCUACGUUUUUCUGACUGAUGUGGAUUUUCUGCCCAUGUACGGCCUCUACGAUUACCUCAGAAAAACUAUAGUUCAGCUGGACAUGGCCAAUACCAAGAAGGCUCUGGUUGUGCCCGCCUUUGAGACGCUGAGAUAUCGCCUCUCCUUCCCCAAAUCCAAGGCCGAGCUGCUGUCUAUGCUGGACAUGGGGACUCUCUACACCUUCAGGUAUCACGUCUGGACAAAGGGUCAUGCGCCAACCAAUUAUGCCAAGUGGAGAACAGCCACAACACCAUACAAGGUGGAGUGGGAGGCAGAUUUUGAGCCGUAUGUUGUGGUGCGACGAGACUGUCCUGAGUAUGACCAGAGAUUUGUUGGCUUUGGCUGGAACAAAGUAUCCCAUAUCAUGGAGCUUGAUGCUCAGGAGUACGAUCUUAUUGUGUUACCAAAUGCCUUCAUGAUCCACAUGCCCCACGCGCCCAGCUUCGACAUCUCAAAGUUUCGCUCCAGUCCGAGUUACCGCUACUGCUUGACGACUCUGAAGGACGAGUUCCACCAAGACCUUUCUCGAAAGUACGGUUCUGCUGCUCUCAAGUACCUCACAGCACAGAGGAACAUCUGAACACUGUUUCAAAUGUACUUUAGCACACAGGAGAACGGCCCGAUCUAGUCAUGUGAGGAUCAACAGUCAACAUGCUGCUCUGCUACAUAUGUGUCCAGAGGAACGACGCUGAAGCCCACGUCUCUGCUGAAGACUCUGAAAUCAAAGCUUUAAUUCUUCUUUUUGAAAAAGUCAUACAGCAGUGGUCCGUGAAAACCAAUGACAUCAGCAACACACCCGUCAGACAUUGGUGGUGAAAACUCGACCAAACAUGCUUGAACUGUAACAAAAGACAUUGGUAAACGUUUGCGAUGACCCACUUGCUUUAUAGCCUAAAACGAACGGUCAGGAUAAAGACCUUUCUUUGACAAUCAGGGCUUUUUCUUCACUAAAGAUCUACGACUAGCGGUCCAUGGCGCUAGGUAGCUUUGAACCUUCUGAAACCAUUCGAUGGAGUAUUGAAAGGAUGUUAACUGAAUGAGCUUUCCAAAGGCCAUCAAGACGAGGAACUUUUAAGCCUUAUAAAUUCACGGAUAUUUAAAAUAUUUAAAAAUAUUUUUCUUUGUUUUUAACGGAUACAAAACAACAUACAGCCUACGUAUGUUUUACGAUAUAAAAUCGAAAAUCGCAUUAUUUUUUAAUUUAGAAACACUGAUUUGCUUGUAGCGAGGUUGAAUGCUCGGUAGGGGUGCGAGAUUUCGGUGAGAAAUGAUCAGUGUGUUUAACUGCUGCAUUUAUAUUUGUCACAUAACAUAUGGCGCAUAUUAUGACGUGCUUAAACAUAGCAUAUACCAGGAUGCUUUCCUGCCAUGAACUAAAAAUAAAAUAAAAUAAAUUGCACUACAUACUGUUACAAAAACAUGACUAUAUGUACAUUUGCAUUGAGAUCCACCCGAGGGACCAUUAAACAAAAGGAGGCAUCCACUGCAGAAGAUUCUCACUGACUGAAAUAUUUAUCUUGUAAAAUGUCUCAUUCUGGUCAGCCCUGAAAUAAGAACCCAAUGUCCAAUUCAGCAUCAGUCACUCAAAGAUGUAUUUGUAAAAAAAAAAAGAAAAGAAAAGAAAUACGUGAAUGGUUGUACGAUCCAUUGUACCAGUCGCUGCUGUCACAAUGUAAUUCCCAAUGUGUCCCGUCUUUAUAAAGAAAGGCUCCUCCAGGUCAUAUUGAGUUGACCCCUCACACACACCACCCUCACCCUUCCGCUCCGUCAGACUGCAGAUUUACGGUAAAUACCCGUGCCUUUGCUGUGUUGCGAAAACUGGAUAUUGAUUGUACUACUGUACGCAUCAGCGGGGCCUGCAAGAAUACAGGUACUCUAUUUAUUAUUGUUGACUUAAAUCAAUCAUAUUUUUCUAUGUAGGGGACAAAGUGCUUUAAAUAAAUUCUCCCUGUUUCUAUA